AUGCCAGUUCCACAGCAUGCUUUAAAUUGGCUCUAUAGCGUCCUCACAAGCACAUACCAUGAUGUCAAUAGGACAUACAACGACGUUGCCCACGCGCUUGCCUUAUAUCCCACCCUCUCACCGCGAACUGAUGUCCACACAUUUAACAACGGCUCCUCGGCCCUCCUAGUGCAUCUUUCUGGCACCCUACCUGUGCUCUUCCGCGGCGCGACCUAUCGCUUCCCCGUAUCGGUAUGGGUACCUCACGACUACCCCAAAGCCGCCCCUCUGGUCUACGUCAACCCGACCGAGACCAUGGUCGUGCGGCCAGGCCAGCAUGUCGAUCCGCAGGGGCAGGUCUAUCACCCAUAUCUAGCCGCAUGGGCUAGUUUCUGGGAUAAAUCGACAAUCUCCGACCUCCUCACUAUUCUUACCGACGUAUUUGCCAAAGAGCCCCCGGUUAUCGCCCGCCCACCGCAAACACAGCAGACGCCCCAGCGCCCCCUCCGGCCAAUCCUCAGUCCCCCAACCCGCUCCGACACCGCCUCAGACGUUUGA